AUGAGGCUUCUCCUUUUUAUCACAACCUGCUUAUGCCUAAGUCUUGUGUAUGGUGAUAAAAAUGGAGUGUUUCAGCCAUGUGCUGACACACUGGUUCAACGAAAGGAUGGAUUUACAUUGGGUUUUGCAUUUGCCUCCUUUGAUUCUUUCUUCAUCAACAAAACUCUUGCAUUAUCUCCAUGUGACCAACGUCUCUCCCUCCACACCAAGAAUUCUCACUUAGCUCUCUUCCGGCCAACACUUGAUCAGAUUUCUCUUCUCACAAUAAACACUACAUCGGAUCCUAUUCAAGGUGGUAACAUGGUGGCAUUUGCUGGGUCUAACUAUGCCGCAAUAUCUUCACCACAAUUUGUUUUUGAUGAGAAACUAAUCAUUACUAGCUUUACUUUGGUUCUUCAUUUUGAUAAAGGGAGGUUGCAGAAUUUAUUAUGGAAAAAUUAUGGAUGUAAGCCAUGCAAAGUAGGUACACCAUAUGUGUGCUACAAUGAAGAAACUUGUGCUAUGGAUAUAAAAAAGUGUAAAAGUCACAGAGGAAAUAAUGACUGCAUUAUAGGAAUACAAAUUGCCUUCUCAGGGACAGAUAAGCAUUCAUCUAUGCUAAACUCAUGGUAUGAAGUGAACAAGAUGCACCAAUAUUCUCUCUUUGGUUUAUACCCAGAUUUGAAAUACAAUACAAUUUGA